AUGACAACCCCCGCCAUGGAGGACCUAGGGCCCAUGACUCCUGCCAUAGGCUACAGUGACCAGUGGGACAGUGUUCUCAUUGGGCAUCGUGAGUCCAAGCUGCGGCUAGUAAUGGCGUCUCGCCAGGGGGCUGCCAGCUCCCCGCAGGCCGUUAAUGAGCCCCGGAACAGGAACACCUGGAGCCCAGAGGUGGCGGCCGCGCAGAGGAAGGGACGACACCCGAACGGGGAACUUGACCUGGGCUCGGACCAGGGGCUGGAAGCUUUGUUUGCGGCUGGUGGUCCUUCUGCUGGCCCGGGCACCGUGGUCUUCCCCAGUCAAGAAGCACCUCUCACGAGAUCUAAUGCAGACACUGCCCCCCAUCACAGUGUGUUAGGACAAACUCAGAAGCAAGGCCCAGCAGUCAUUCCAGUUUGGAUUCCUGUUUAUAAACUUGAAGGGUCUAAGUGCAAAGGGCAGCUUCUGAUUUUUGGGGCAACCAACUGGGACUUGAUUGGUCGAAAAGAAGUGCCUAAACAACAAGCUGCUUACCGCAAUCUUGGUCAGAAUUUGUGGGGACCCCACAGGUAUGGGUGCCUGUCAGGGGUACGGGUGCGAACGGUGGUUUCGGGGUCGUGUGCUGCCCACAGCCUCCUCAUCACCACGGAAGGGAAGCUGUGGAGUUGGGGUCGAAAUGAGAAGGGGCAGCUGGGCCAUGGCGACACCAAGAGAGUUGAGGCCCCCAGACUCAUCGAGUCCCUCAGCCACGAGGCCAUUGUAUUGGCUGCGUGUGGGCGCAACCACACCCUGGCCUUGACGGAAACGGGCUCCGUGUUUGCUUUUGGAGAGAACAAAAUGGGGCAGCUGGGGCUAGGCAACCAGACGGACGCUGUCCCCAGCCCCGCGCAGAUAAUGUACAACGGCCAGCCAAUUACCAAAAUGGCCUGCGGGGCUGAAUUCAGCAUGAUAAUGGACUGCAAAGGAAACCUCUAUUCCUUUGGGUGCCCUGAGUACGGCCAGCUGGGACACAACUCGGACGGGAAGUUCAUUGCCCGGGCUCAGCGGAUAGAGUACGACUGUGAGCUGGUGCCCCGGAGGGUGGCCAUCUUCAUCGAGAAGACGAAAGACGGGCAGAUCUUGCCUGUCCCAAACGUGGUGGUGCGUGAUGUGGCCUGUGGCGCCAACCACACGCUGGUUUUGGACUCCCAGAAGCGUGUCUUCUCCUGGGGCUUCGGUGGCUAUGGCCGGCUGGGCCACGCGGAGCAGAAGGACGAGAUGGUGCCGCGCCUGGUGAAGCUCUUCGACUUCCCGGGGCGAGGGGCCUCCCAGAUCUACGCUGGCUACACCUGCUCCUUUGCCGUCAGCGAAGUGGGUGGCCUGUUUUUCUGGGGGGCCACCAACACCUCCCGUGAGUCCACCAUGUACCCGAAAGCAGUGCAGGAUCUCUGCGGCUGGAGGAUCCGAAGCCUGGCGUGUGGGAAGAGCAGCAUCAUCGUGGCGGCGGACGAGAGCACCAUCAGCUGGGGCCCAUCGCCGACCUUCGGGGAGCUGGGCUACGGGGACCAUAAGCCCAAGUCUUCCACUGCGGCCCAAGAGGUGAGGACUCUGGACGGCAUCUUCUCAGAACAGGUAGCCAUGGGCUACUCACACUCCCUGGUGAUCGCACGGGACGAGAGCGAGACCGAGAAGGAGAAGCUGAAGCGGCUUCCGGAGUACAACCCGCGCACGCUCUGAGGCGCCGCGACCCGUGGCAGCCGUCACUCCACCUGCACUGGGACGGGAAGUCGGACGAGGAAUCAAAAGCAAAGUUGACCGAAGGUGCAUUUUGUUAGACUCCCUGAGGUUCCGUUUUCUACGUGAUUCAACGUUAACUACCUUUUCCUGUUUGCUUUCCAAAGUGUUUUUUUCUCCCUUCGAUGUUUAAUUAAAAUAUUUGCUCAUAGUUGACCUACCAUUCCUACAAGAGAGGCAGAAACUUGAGCAAUCUAGGUUUUUUAAGUUGUAUUUCUUGUCCCUCCUAAACACAGCCCAGGCCCCCACUCCAGCUGUCCUUAGCCUUGUGAUCCGCGGGGGCGCUGCCUGGGACAGGCAGCGCCACUUAUUUACUCAGACAAAAACGUCCCUCCUGGGAACCAGCAGCAUCUAGACCAAGCCGUCCCGGAGACGGCCACCUCCCUCCAAACCAUGCUCUCGUGCUUCGGAUGCAUCCGGGUCACUUGCCUGCUUUUUUUGCGCAGACUGGCUCAGGCCAGUGUGUGUGCCCCUCUGCUGCUUGUAGCCACAGCCUCACUGCAGAAUCUGCCACCCCCACCCUCCCGGCGGGGGCCUCGGGGUCUGUGUUUAGCCAUUUAUACCUACUCUAGCUGUUUAAAAAAAAAAAAAAGUCCAAAUGCAAAUCAGGUGAUCGUGGAACCGCGGGGACAUGGAGGGCAGAGGGGGACCGGCUGUGUUUGUUGAAGGGUCCAGCCUCAUGGCUCCCGGGGGAGCCCAGGCCUGGUGUCACUAGCGCUCACCAAUCAGAAGUCCUCAGCCAGAGCCGGCAGGGGAAGAGCGCUCUCCUGUCCCUGCAGAGGAAGAGUGGCCGCCCGCGGCCCCGCACUCAGGCCCUGUCCUGGCUGCGCCCUGCCCAGGGCGGGCCGGCCGGUUCCCCGAGGCUGUUCUUCGGCUCCCGCGCUCCUCAGUCACGGUUGCUUGGCUCUGGUACCAAAUAGUCGGAUUCCCGAAGAAGCCCUGCCCCGAGGGUCAGCCCAGGUGCCGGGAUGCCGCCCGCCUCCCCGUCAAGUGCCCUCUGCCGAGCCCGUCCCUGGUGGUGACUGCGGCGGGAGCUCCGAGGUGCCUUCCUGGACCCUCCUCACUGGGACCCGAGCGAGGCGACAGCCCUGGUGGCUCUCGGGCUCCAGAGGGUCUGCGCUGGUUUGGGUGCUUUAAGUAGAUGUGUAGUCAGUGGUGCUCAUGGGGCGAGGGUGGGGGGGCCCGGAGCUGGCCGCAGCCUUUGUGUUUGCUUCUUCUGUUGUCACCACUUGUCAUCGUCUCGAUGUUAAAAUGCCAAAAAUGAUCGAGUUGUCGUUGACCUUCUUCCUGUCCUCCUACCCCAGUCGCUCCAGAAGUGACUUCUGCUCUUGUUGGGCAUGUAAAAUGUCUGUCCCAGCCCGUCCUGUGGCCUCGUGGGACAUAAGCUUGUGUCGAAGACACGGGUCUGAGUUCACGCUCGUCCCUGCUGAUCUGUGCUGGCCUGAGGUCCAGGGGACGGGCUCUGCUGACUGGCCUGAUGUGUCCAAGUCACCCCCAGACGCCUUCCACUUGAGCCCUCUGUGCGUGGACCUAAUCAUUUCCCUGGACAGGUCUCUUUCCUGGUGUGUGGCUUGGGCAUCUGUGCUCCUUGUACCCUGGAGGUCUUCCCCGAGUUGUGUGGUCACCAAGAGGGACAAGGACACAGUAGGCUGGGCGCUGCCCUGUGCUGAGCUGGGCUCAGAUCUUCAGGAACAAAUCUAAAAUCAGCAGCCCACCACCCUGUCCAGGGCCCUUGCUGGGAGCCGGGCAGGAAAGGGGCCUUGCCAGGGAGGAUGGUCCUGUGCCCUCUUGCACCCCUUCUCCUGAUGUAGAAUUGUCACAUGAAUUUCCUGGAGGGGAUACCCCUUAGGCAGGAGUUGGGGGCAUCCUGCAUGUCCAGAAGAGGGUGUAGAGUGGCCUGGGUGGGGACGCGCUUUGUGCUCCGUGGUCCUGAGAGCUUCCAGCGUCUCCUGUCGGGAAGGAGGGCCCUGGAGGAGGCGUAGGUGGAGGGCCCAGAGGACCGUGUGGUUUGGUCGAAGGUGCCUGGUUUAGUGCUGUAACUGUCUUAUUUUUUUUUAUAUAUAUAUUUCUUGGAGUAAGCAUUUUAAAUAAACGGCGUCGUGUUGACUCCG